UUUGUAUACACCCAAUCACGAGAUGGAAGAAAUUUCUAGGAGGCGUAGGAUUUGAGAAAGUCGAGCCCUAGCUGAAGCCCAAAGGCAAGCCAACCACCUCUCUCCGAUCUUCGUCUUCUUCGCUUAUUCUCUGAUUCAGAAGAAGAAGAAGAUGGAGCCGGAAGUGGUGAACGCAGAGCUUGUGUUGCCAACCCACCUCAGUUUCAAGCGAAUUCAAAUGUACGAGAAGUACCCAAAAGGCCAAUCCAGAGGCAGGCACUGGAAACAUCUCAAGCAGAUCCUUCAGGCUGAGAAUUACCAGAAUUACCCUCCUGAUGAACCCACUUAUGUUAAUAUUGAGUCACCACCUUCUAUGCAUCCAUGCAAGAGAAUCUGCGAUAUAACAGGAAAUGAGGCACCUUACUAUGAUCCCAGGACCAAUCUUCGAUAUGCGAAUGCCGAUGUUUUUAAGCUCGUAAGAUCACUUCCUAAUGAGUAUGUGCAAAGGUAUCUGGCUCUGAGAAACGCAGCAGUGGUUCUCAAGUAACUUGGACUUUUCAGGAGACAGCAUCAUGUUUUUCGGUUAUUUUUUUUUCUUUCCAUCCAAAACUUAAUAUUGUGGAAUAUAGAGGGAAGUUUUCAGAAGUUAUAUUGUUUUAGGAUACCCUUGAUCUGCUUGCUGUAAUUUGUAUCGAAGGACAAAAGAUUGGAAUCGAUUAUUUGCUUAGAUUAUAAACUGUCUGGGUAAUCGAUUCUUGUUUUGAUUGUUUUCCUUCUUUCAGCUCAAUAGAAAAAGGCUCUUCAUGCA